AGGCGUGAGAAGUGCAAGAAAACCCAGGGCAAAGCCCAGUAAAACAUCGAUCGUGCGAGUAGUAAUCCCAAGCCAUAAUUUAUAUAUUCAAGCGCGACUAUGACACCUUUAAGAAAAGUCAGCGAGAGUUCCUCAUUUGGAAGUCACUCCACCGCUAUUCCUAGGGGCUUCCGCUCUUUCAAUUCAAGUUCGGAUGAGUUUGUUCAACUCAAACCAACCUCCUAUGGCAAUGGAUUUGUUCCCAUCUAUGAUUACGGAAAAACGAAUGCAAAGGUAUCCAGAGAAAACAGACUCAAGUUCCUUAAACACGAGGCUUUGGCCCAUCAAACCAACGAGGUUUUUAAUUCGCUGGCCAAGGAUUCAUACCAAACGUUUCCUCGACAUCGUCCUCGAAAGCAUCUACCAAGUACGUUUUCAAAUCUGAGGAUGGAGGGCGUUGGACAUUUCAUGUCUGAGACGCGAUCACAAUAUGGCUCACCUUUCAUGAAAUUAUUUCACUUGGGCAACUCCAGAGGCUCCAACUCUCCCAAUGAGAUCCACAUGGUGGAAUCUGUGGAAGGCUCUUCCGAUGCCAUUGAUGCCGAGAAAUCCGAGUCCAAUUCCAUCUUGAGCUCAGUGGGCGGAUCGAAGCCAUCCUAUUACACGACCACAUCAAUCACUACGCAUCGUUGAGAAUCCACUCAAAUCAUUAUCGUUUAUGUUAGUUAUGAAAUACAUCGUUUUACCUUA